UCACCAGCAGCUACUUAGUAGUAGUAAAGGCUUGAUUUACAGAAUUGGCACCAAGAGAGCCAGAGUCUGAAUCAAAAGCAUUCGAUCUCCUUUGUUCUCUAAAGAAUGGCGGCUCCGCCACCUCCCGCCUUCACGGACGACGACGAGGAUAUGGACGCCGUCGACCUGUCGCUGACGCUCGCUCACACGCCGUGGCCGGCGUCACCGUCGUCUCCUCCGGCUGCUUCAUCCGGCGGUGGCAAUGGCAGUCGCAGUGGCAAUGGUGGUCGUGGUGGCGUGAGGCUGUUCCCCUGCCUCUUCUGCAACAAGAAGUUCCUCAAGUCGCAGGCGCUAGGCGGGCACCAGAACGCGCACAAGAAGGAGAGGAACAUCGGCUGGAACGCGCACCUCUACACCACCCCCAUCAACACCAACUCAGCCGCUCCCAGCAACCACCAGACGAUGUACCCCAUCCAGUCUAUAAGUCCAAAGAGAGAAAUCGGCAACAAUGUUCCUAAUGGUAGAGGCCAAAGAGUGAGUGUCGUGCUCGAGGACCUGAGCAUUCCUAGAAUCCCAAAUUUUCUAUAG